AUGCCUUUGUUGGAAACCCUUCCCGUCGAACUCCUCGAGCUUGUCGCCGAGCAGCUCGUCGACGAACCCAGCACCCAUCGGGCCUCGUCCGGGUCCACCGACCCCGGUGUCGCUCUUGAGCUGGCGAGCUAUUGUCCCCAUAAGGCGUCGAAAGUUCAAAAAGCCCGAGACCGCGGCGUUGCCAUCCUUUGCCGCACCUCUCGCCGCCUCAACGCCGUAUUCACCCGCCAUCUCUACCGCCGACCGAAUCUGAGCAAAUGGGGGCUCCUGGCUCGCACCCUCCUCGCCCGACCAGGUCUCGCCCAGCACGUUAAAGCCCUCUGCUUCCCACUGGCAUUCGCCCCGCCCAAUGCCGACUCCACCGUGCCCCCCGAAGUCCUGGCCUACUUCAACGCCCAGAACACCACCUACUCGCAGUACACCAACUGGGAGAACUGGAGCUAUGAUCUCGCUGGCACCCCGGACGGCCGGAUCCGCUACGAGCAACGCGCAAUGGCGAUCAUGACGAGUCUUUGCCCCCACGCGCUGACCCUCGAGUUCAGACUCAGCUGGUUCGACCCCCCCCUCUUCUUUGCGCCGGGUUCGAUGCCCCCCCUCUUUUUUGCGCCGGGUUCGAUGCCGAGGCUGCACACGGUCGAGCUGCCGAACUGCGACGACUGCGACUUGUGGGCCUGCCUUUACCUGCCUUGGAUAUCUCAUCUGUUCGCCGCGGCCCCGAAUCUGAGGGUGAUCCGGGGCUUCAACUUCACCGUCGUCUCGCACGAGGACGUGAAGGUUACCGCGGAGAGCGUGCUGGAGGUGGAGUUCCACCAUGUUUCGAUGACCGCGGACGGCCUACGGGCAAUGUUGAAAGCCUUUCCCCGGCUGGAGACGCUCCGGUACCGCGGCCCUGUGAGUCGGCUCCUGUUUCACCCUGAUGAGGCAAGGGACUUGCUUAUGCACCAUGCGCCCAGGCUGAAGAGGGUGUCGAUGGACUUGAGAGGUCCUACCAUGACAGGUGCCGUGGCCGAUCCCUGGGCUCAGUGGUUCAAGGAGGAGAAAGAGAACACUGUGCAGGCAUUUCAUGAGCAAGGGGUUGAGUUCAGGGUCACAUUUAGUCCCUGA